GAGAGAACUAUGGAGAUAAACCUUCUUCAAUGCUUUUUGAUUGCAAUACAUGUGAUGAUCUCAGAUGAGCGUUUGAUAGUGUCAGGAUCAAAUCAGUCCAUAUCUGCUUAUGUGGGUGAUGAUGUCACUCUGAGCUGCUCUGUGGACUCUUACAUCAAACCUGAAGAAGUUUCAUGGAAGAAAACAAAUAAAGGCAAACCAAUCACAGUUCUUCUCUAUGAAAACAAUAAAACUCAACCAGAAUCAUCAGAUAAAAAAUACAGAGACAGAGUUGAGUUCUUCACCAAAGAAAUUCACAGAGGAAACUUUUCUCUCAGACUGAAGAGAGUCAGAACUGAAGAUAAAGGAGUUUACAUCUGUCAAGUGUUUAUUGGGCGACUGUCAGCAAACACAACUGUGAUACUCGAGAGACUGGGUUUCUCUAGUUUAUACAUAAUGGUGUUGAUUCUCUGUAUAACUGCAUGUGGAUCUCUUCUGUUCUGCUCUCUCAUCUACCGUAGAUCAAAUAACACAGGACCAAUCAGCGAACAGAUGGGGGUGGCUAAGAACGAUGACGUUAAGGUCGUGCGUCAAUUUGAGUUGUUCAGUAAUGGCAGCGGAGAAAGACGUGAGAAAAUCUAUUCGAUCUGUUGUUGCAAAACUGACGAAUAUACAGAAGUUAAAGCCGGAGCAAGAACCAGAAGCGGUUUCGUACCUCCAGGAGCGUUACCACCACCCCUUCGUUUGCAGAGCCCCACUAAAGGUGCGGCAGCAAAGCUCCGGAAGGACGAUCUCCAUAUAACAGUGCUGAAUCGCCUGCUGGCACUGAACAGUAGCUCUCAGCACCCUGAUCCAUAG